CGCGGAAUAUUUGCAGGAAGAAAUGGAAAAAUUUGGCAUAAAAAUUUAUAAAACUAAGUAAUAAUGGGAACAGACGGCGAUACGAAUCAAGAUGUAUCGCGUAAUGAUGUAUUCAAAGGUGUCACUUAUUAUAUAGUUGGAAACAUAAGCGAUAAGGUACUAAUUUUAUUCUACGCCUUAAAACUUCAAAGUCAAAGCCACCAGUCACCAGUACUGUACUAUUUUAUUAUUUUAGGGUUUAGGUAACCCUAUUUUAACCUGAUCCACUAUUACUUUUUUUUAAAAGUUUCUAAUGUCAAUUGAAUACAUAACAUUAACUUUAACAACUAACUUCAAUCAAUAUAAAUAUACACAAUAAAUGAAGAUACUAAUACUACAUUAGUAGGACUCCUUGAACAUGAAAAACAAUAAACAAACAGACCCUAACUUGGCCCUAACAGAGUUAUUAGGUAUUUGAACUUCAAUAAAAAAUCUCACAAUAAUUUUUUAAAUGUUACAGUUAUUUAGAGCAAAUUUCUUAUAAAAAAUUAAACCUGAAUCAACUUUUUAGCUUAAGUCUUAAGUACUUUUUGAGCUACGAAUUUUUAAAGUGUGAGUUUGUUAGGUAUUUUUACUAUGAACCAUGGAUGAAACCUCCAUGAUGUGGUCCACAUCUUGUGACCUCAUUCCGCUGAUCGCGUCAUGCACAAUGACUAUAUAGUUAAUAUAAGGCGACGCAUCCCCUUAUCACUAAAAUACUGUUUAGGGUCGACUUAGUUUAAACUUUCAACUUUUGGCACAUGAAUAAUAUAUUAAAGCUUUGCUGACCAAUGGUUUAAUAGUUUUUGCACACCGCAAACUCUAAUGAAUGAAACUCUGAGAUAGUACUACGAUAUAGCCGUUAUGCAAGUGGCUGUGAAUGGUUGCCAAUGACAACGUAUUGCACACAGAAAAUUCUGAUCAGUUAUAAUAUGGACUCGACCAGGUUUUUCAAGCUCAAAUUAAAACAGUCCAGUUUAAAUUUUAAAUGUCUUCAAAAGGCAUUCUGAAACACAAGUUAUCAAAUAUUUUGAUGUAAAUAGUGGUAAUAAUUUAAUAUUUUCUAAGUAUCUGCAACUUCUGCCAUUAAAAAGGGGGCGUGGUCACAUCCAUUGAAUUUGGAUUAAGCGAACUGCAUGACCUGCUGCGAACCCCUAGAAACAUGGCGUCUCUUGUAUAACACAUAGCGCUGUGAAAAUUGGCAUACAUGUAAAUCAAUACAUGCCCAAGAUGCAUACAAAAUUUGGUAGUGUCAUAUCUUUUACUUUGACUAAAUUUUAAUGAUGAAAGUUGCCUUAUAAUCACCAAUGAUUUUCUCAAAACUGACUGAUUGUAAAUAAAAAAGAAAUUGAUUAAAAUGUAGGCCAAGAUUUCCUCUAAAGCGAAAGGCCAGAAGAGGAACACAAUUCUGGGAUAUAGUAAUUAUUUUAUGAAUGAAAUAGUACCAACAUCAAAAAUUUAAAAACUCGGAUUUUUGUGAGCCGACGCCUAUUUCCAAUACAAAUUUUUUAGUAGUUAUAAAUUAUCCAACUUCAUUUGAUAGGUACUUUGGUAAAAGAAAAAAUUAAAAUUUGUAAAAAUAAACUAAUGGCUUAUUUGAAUAGAGCUAAUUUUUUUACACAAUUAUAACACCAAAAUCAUAUUUUUUAGCUAUUGUACUUUUAAAGUCAUUAAUUUUUAAAGUACAACUUCGUUUAUCCUUUUUUAUCUCCAUAUUCUGUGACCCAAUUCCGCUGUUUGUAUCAGGAGCUAUAUAACUCUUGUUUUUAAUGAUAAUUUUAUGCGACUUAUUUUCAGAACUAAUGUUGUAAUCAGUAAAUUUAAUAUAAUGUAUUAAUAUAUGGCUUUUCUGUUUACCUAAUCUAUUGCGUACAUUAUACUAUAUAUGCUCUAUAGCAGGCCUGCACAACAUACGGCCCGUGGGCCACAUGUGGCCUGCAAGCACCCACUUGGCGGCCCGCGAAGUAACAAAAUAUUCUCUAUUAUUAUUAAUUUCUAAUAGCUUUCGGCCCUGUCCUGUUAUCUUUUUGCCCGCACAAGUUUUUCAUUAAGUAUUACGGCCCGCUCAAGUUUUUCAUAACGCAUUACGGUCCGCCGUACACUUUGAGUAGUGCAGGCCUGCUCUGUAGUCUAUUAUGCAAGGCAACGCAUGUCCUAAUUAAUAAAAUACUGUUUGGAACUACUUAUUUUGAACUUUCAACUUUGGCACAUGACUAAUUAAUUAAAGCUUUUCCUGACCAGUGGUUUAAUAGUUUUUGGACACAGCAAACUUUUAUGAAUGAAACUCUGAGGUAGAACUAGGGUAUAGCCAUUAUGUAAGGGACUGUGAAUGGCUGCCCAUGGCUUGACAUUUGGGACAUGGCAAAUUAUGAUCAUGUAUAAUAUGGACUCUACCUGGUUUUUUAACCUCAAAUUAAAAUAUUAUUUUUUCAAUAACAUUUAAGUUCAUUCUAAAACAUAAUUUAUCAAAUAGUUUGAUGUAAAUAGUAGUUAUAAUUAAAUAUUUCCCAAGUAUCGGCAUAUUCCUCCAUUAAAAGGGGGCGUGGCCUACGCCAUGUCGAAAUUAGGCUGAGUGACCUUAUGGUAAUGCAGGUUACUAGGACAAGCAUAGCGAACGUCGGACACGGCCUACAUCAAUGAAAAUUGGUACACAUAUACAUCAAUAUACAAUGCUUUACCUGUUUUAAUAUGAAAGACCUUAUCUUUAAAUUUCUUAAAAAUUUUGAGGGAAAUAUGCCUUAUAUUGAAAAAUGAUUUUCCUCACUUAAAGUAGAUAUAAAGAGAAAAAAAACUCAAUGGGUAUGUAGGUAAACAUUGCUCCUUGUGUGAAUGGGCGGAGUCAGACCUUAAUUAUUUGCCAAAAGCCAAAAAGACUCCUGUAUUUUUAAAAUUACAGGCACAUAAAAAAAUUCAAAACUCUGAUGAUUCUAUUGCACCGACGCCCAUUUCCGAUACAAAUUUUCUAGGAGUGUCCCUUGCUUCGGCGAAGUACCUACAUUUAAUUAGACAUAUUAGACUAACUCUAUCUGACUGAAAGACUUGGACUUGGAAUAUUUUGUUUGAAUUUUGAAUUGAAAAUAUCAAAAUCAAUAGUUAAAAUAUGAUAUUUGUAAUUGAAAAGCUGGGUUGCUGUAGUUUCAUCGCCAGAAUAAAUUAUUAUUUAGUGUGGAUGUUACUCUUUAAAUCAUGAAUUUGUGAUUUCUAAUACUAAUAUUGGUUGUAAAUUUGUAACAAUGGGUAGGGAGGCCAAAAAUUGGCCAGAAAAGCAUAAAUUCAUUUUAAGCAAGUGAAAACUUGUAUAAAAAAAAAAAAAAAAAAAAAAAAAAGAGACAACUAAAAAAAAAAAAAAAAAAAAAAAAAAAUAAAUUAUAAAAGAGAUGCCACUUACAAAAAAAAAAAACUUUGCCAAAAGCCUUCUUCAGCAACCAACAGUAAAAUUAACUUGUUUCUUUGUCUGAGAAUCGAUUGAAAAAUUAUAAGGAUUGUGCAGGUAAGGAAAUAAAAGAAAAGGAAGUACAAGAAAGAUGCGGAGGAUGUGUUAUUGUGAAAAAUAACAAUAAAGUAUUAUGUUCAUGCCACAUGGUGUUAGUUUCCUGAAACUUUGUAUUAAUCUAUUCUCCAAACCCACCCUAGCUGGUGUGUGUGAGUGGAGGAAAAAAUAGCUGCAAUGGACAUAUCAGUAACACCGUUGUGGUUGCUAUUGUUUAAGUGAAAUGAGGUGGGGCACUGUUUGUUAUGUUCAAUGUUAUUUUACUUUAAGGACAGUAUGUAGUCUUUUUAUCUUUUUAAACUAAUAAUUAGUAUUUAAAAUUAAAAUUAGUAUAUUGAAGUUACAUUAUUUUCAGGUAACUGCACUGUUGGAGCAAAAUGGUGCAAAAAGAGACUCGUAUCUCAGUGAAAUGGUCAGUAUUGUCAUUGCUGACAGCACAACGUCAGAUGAUUAUUCAGAGGCUAAAGAACUCUUUGAACUCCCCAUUGUGACUGUAAGUUUGCCAUGUUGCCAUUUCAAAAGUUUACUGGAUUGAACAGAAAUUAUGGUUGCGUGUUUGUGAUGUUAAGCCCUAUUAUAAAUAAUGGAGAAGAAAAAAAUUGUAGGGUGAAAAUUUUAAAAUAAGAUAACUUGUUAUACAAAAUUCAUUUGAAAUUAUUUUACUGUGCUAAAAUUCAAUGUUACCCUAUGAAGUAUUUAAAUUUAAAUGAAACUUUAUAUAAGUUUUAACAAGAUUUUCCUACAAUUUGGACAAAACAAAUGUUGAUAAUGAAAUAAAAUUUCAGAGUGACUGGGUGAUACUUUCCAUUAAGUGCAAGAAACAGUUACCGUAUCCUUAAUUAUCUAUCUUGUAAUGGUUUUAAAAAUAAAAACAUUAAUUUAAAAAAAAAAUUGUAUUUUUCAUAGAAAGUUUUUUAUUCUCAAACAGCAGAAAUCACAGAAUAAAUGGAUGUUAAUUUAAAAUGAAUUAUAUUCUCCCUUUUAAUUAUUUUCUACUUUUCUUCUUAAUUUGGGGAGAUAAAUCACUACAAUCUAUAGGCCAUCUAGAUGUUGUUAAUGAUGCAAAAUUACUGGCCAUUUCUUUUGUUACACAGAAUACAUAGACUAGGUAGUUUCAGAGCUAUAAUGAUCUUUUGAAAGUCAAUGAACAUUGAUUUUGAAAAGGCUACAAAUAUUUAUAAAUUCAAUUAAAUAAAAGUUUCAUCAAAAUAUGAACACCUUAACACUUUGUCAGAAAAGAAAUAUUCUUUCUUGAGGGGAAAUUAUUCUCUGGUGUAGUUGCUUGCCCUUCAGAGGUGAGUAUUUUUUAUGUUUGCAUUAUGUUGUUGUCAUUUUCUCAUUUUCAAGAAUUUCAAACAUUUUCAUUCUUAAAGUAACAAAAUACACCUUUAAAUGUUCAUGUAAAAUGUACAAAGUGAAUACAGCUCAUCUCAGCAUCUAUAAUCUCUUUUCUCUUUAAAAAUCCCUAUCAGAUGGACCACAUAAUUAAUCUUAAAUUAAAUGAUAUUUAAACAAAUUUGAACAAUAGAUUGACGACGAGGAUGUACUGUCUGUUUGGGGGAUGCUUUUUUACCAUGGUGCGAAAUGCCAGCUUCAUUUGGAUGGAGGUGUCACCCACCUCAUCACAACAAGUGUUCUUGGGGUAAGUGGAUUUUAAAAAGGAAGAGGAUAAAUAAAUUAAAAAUUUUCUUGUUAAUAUAUCAACAAGGGUCAUCACACUUCGGAUAUUCCUGAAAUUUUAUUUACUGAUAUUUAGAAAAUCAUUCUGCAGGACCUUGAUUUUGCUGUUAACUUUUAAGAUUCCAUUAAUGCGUUUACUAUGACUAUUCGUUAUUGUGAAGUGAAUUUUAGUAUUUUAAUUUUCACCGUUGAUGUACUGUAUGGAAUAAGAUGUCAUGUGGGUUGUUGUUUUCUUUGAGUGGGGUGGGGGUGUUAUUUAGGAUGGUGGAAUAUUUUUAAAAAAAGACUCAAGACCAGCCCAAAUGUAUACUGGUUCAAUACUGGUUGGGCCUAAAAAUUAGACAGCUGUGACCAAAAAAAAACCUGUGAGAGGCUUAGGAAUGUACACUCCUAUAGAAAGACCAGUAAUGAAGUAACUUCAGGAAUGAUAUUUAAAAACGGUCGUCUUUCUAGUGUCCACCUUGGCUUUGUUGUCGCGAGCAAAUAAUACUAUUAAACCAACAGACCACACGUUACAGGGCACAAAAGGACAAUCCAGAAAAGUCAGGGCCACCAUUGCUCUCAUAGAUGACCAGUCUAUCCCUUGCGCCUAUUGCAAAUGAAAAGGAUUCUGCCUGGCAAAACCCCCAGUAACCCUUGGAUGACUAGAGUUGUGCUCGUUGAGUCAACAGGCAGAUACACAAUACUAUAAAAAUGUAUUAUCCCUUUGUCUAAACAAUACGAAGAAUCCUUGAAUGAGAAGGCGAAUAAGAUCGAAUCAUACUAUACAAAUUUGAAAGUCAAUUUAUUCAUCACCAUAGCCCAGUAUGUGUUGUACUGAUAUUAUUUUAACACAAAGUAGAUAGCAAAACACAUCCUGGCUUUUUUUUCUUCUUUUUUUUUUUAAAGCCUAAAUACACCAGUGCAAUACGGGAAGGAGAUAAAAUCAAAAUUGUGACGCCUGACUGGAUCACUGACUCCAUAACCAAAUCUGAACUACAGAAUGAAGAGAUUUAUCACCCGAGAUUGUUGCAGUAUCCCAAACCACAGGCCCCCACUCCUCCCCCUGAACUGAGCACUGACUAUGACCUGGACCCCUCGCAUGCAUCUUCGGAUGCAUUUCCACCUCAUGAUCUCAUGGAUGUAUCGCCAAGCCAGCAGAUGUUUUCAGUGAAGGCAAACAGUGCCCGGCAACAGGUGACAUUUGAUGACAGGUACGGUGUAACCAUAUAGUUAAAGUACAAGAGAAUAUGUUGCUUGGCAUUUUAAUCUUCUUUGCCUUUUCAAUUCCCCGUGGAGCACAGGCCGCUUGGCAUUUUAAUCUUUUUUGCCUUUUCAAUUCCCUGUGGAGCACAGGCCGCUUGGCAUUUUAAUCUUCUUUGCCUUUUCAAUUCCCUGUGGAGCACAGGCCACUUGGCAUUUUAAUCUUUUUUGCCUUUUCAAUUUCCCGUGCAGCACAGGCCAUUAACAAUUUCUUUCCAAGCCUCCCGGGUCUCUAGCUCACAUCUCAAGCUUUUUCUCAUCUUUAUAACAUCCUUGUCGACCUCUCUUCGCCAGGUGUUUCUCUGGCCUUCUUCCUUCUCUUGAUCCAUGAGGGUUCCAUACAGUGAUUAUCUCAUUAUAUUUGGCUUGGGUUUUCUCAUGGCAUGUCCUAUCCAUCUCCAUCUUCUUUUCUGGAUUCUUGCUCCACUGGGAAUUUGGGCAGCAAUUGCCAUGUUUGGGAUUUUAUGCUAUGGGAAUAAUAAUGUGUAAAUUAAAACAAUUGACUAAUGCUAUUUUUUUUCCUAAAAGUUUCAUUCACAUAUUUGUUGUAUAUGAAAUAAUAACAUUGUUGACGUAGUUUUGAAAUCAUAUUAUGCAUAAAAUAAUUACAAUGGAAUUUCAAAUAUAAUUUACAGAUAUUUAAUGUCCAUAGUUUUUGUGUUACUUCGCACUGUUAUAACUUUCAAUUUGGUAAAAGAAAUGAGGAAAAAUGCAACAUGCUUUUUUUGUUUUUUUUAAAUUGUUAACUUUAUUGAUUCAUUUUAAGUAGCUCAGAAAAACAUUUGUUGUUUUUUUUCUUCCCACAGGUUGGAAACUGCACGCCCAGACACACCAAGUGCCAAAGAGGCACUUGCCAGAAAAAUCAGCAGCAGAAUCUACAGCAAGUCAUCUUCCGAGCCAACGACCCCAGAGAAACCUAGUGUGCCACUGCAGCCAGUGGGCUCACCGGGGUCAUCCGGUGUUGUUAGAGUCAUUCCCCCUGUGCCGCAAAUCGGACUCCAGCCUCGGAUUGAUCAAACAAACAUUCGAAAUACCUUACGGAAUAUAACUAACAGAGCUGUUGUGCCUGGCAGUGUUCCGCUUAGAUCUUCCAUGCCAGUACCCGCACCAAAGGUAAAAUUUUAUGUCAAAAGACAUUUCAUCAAUGUUUAUAACUUCAAAUAGUUUUGAGUCUGUUCAAAAGUAAAAAUCAGCCUUUUUUUCUCUAUAUUAUCAUCUAAUACAAGGGAAAGAAAUAUCACCUUAAAUUUUUCUAAAUUGGACCUAAUCAAUUUAAUAUUCUCUUCGUUUGAUUCUCAAACAGCCUUGAGGGACAACAUAUCUAUUGCAUUUUGUAAUACCCCAGCAGUGGUGAUCCAAAUCAUGAAACCACUUAGCCAAACUCUUAACCUUAGCCAACAUGAAUUAUCUUAGGCUAUUUAGCAGCAGCGAAGUUUAUAUUUAAUCUGCAGGGGGUUUAUUUUCAGAUGAAUCCUCUUGUUGGUAUGAGCAUGCCCCCGCAGCCCAGACCCCCACCCCCUGACUAUCCGUUCCCACAGAAAGCAGCUCCUGUUCCUGCACCAUUGCCCCUCCCACCGCAGCAGGUGUCUGGUCCGAUGCCGGUGGCACCCACCCAAACACCUGCUUCAAUGGUGCCCACUCCACCUGCUUCAAAUCCUCAGACACAGACGGGAGCCGUUUAUUGUGGGCAUGACCCUAAGGAAAAUGGUAAAAAUUAUGUUUUAAAAUAUAAGCACGGCUGAAGCUAGUUGUCUGUCCUUUAAACUUUUGUGUGCUGGCAUUGUUUCCCUUAUCAUGAUUUCUCAGUAAUGAUAGAAGCUUAUUUUCAAGGUGAUAGAAAGAGUCAUGUAAAAUAUUACAUCAAGGGUGGCCAACCAGAAAGGCUUUGCUGGCCUGUCAUUACAUCUUAUAUUAAAUCAUUAAAAUAAGCCCAGGCCCCACCCCCACCCCAACCCAAAUGUUGUCUAGGAAGGUUUAUCUAUUUUUAAUGCACUUAAUGAAAUGCUAAAUAACAAAAUAAAAAUUGUGACGUCAUUUUAUCUUUUCUCUCACUGAUAUUUUUAAAAAUCUGUGACUUUGUCAAAGGAAUGAAGAACAAAUGAUUUCAUUUUAAUAAAUCAGGCAUCCAACGCCUGCAAUAUUUGACGUGGCAGGGCUCUAGCUGGCCGCGGGCUAGCCGCCCCGUGUUGAAGUUUUUACUAACAAUGUUCUCAAAACUUAUAUGAAAUAAAUCUUAUGUCUAUGUUGACAUAGCCGACUCACUUUCACAUUGAAAAAAGAUUAACUGCCUUAACAGUAAUCAUUUGAAACCUAAAUUCAAUUCAUUGAUCCAAAAAAAUUUAAGGCACUGUCUUGAAAAAAUUCCAGGGAUUUUAUUGUAAUUUUGUAUGUGCUGACAUGGAACAGAAGAAAAGUUAAUAUAUUAUCAUCUUUAGUGAGUAAAAUUCAUGUAGAAAGUUUCAUUGUUCUGAACUCACACUAAUAUUUAUACGACAUAAAAUUUUUUUUUUUUUUUAAAAUUGUAAAUCCAAUCCCAUAGAAGUUUUCCUUCUUGGUUGGGUAUUAAAAAAUGUUGUUCCAAACCAUCCUGGUACAAGCUUCUAACACAUUAAUAACAAAUAAAUUUAUUGUUUUUACAAACCUAGUUCCUCCAGACUUGUGUCUUCUCGGCUGUGUAUUCUGUAUUGUUGAUUACCAAAACAUACUUGGCUCAGGAGAAGUCGUCGCUUGGAAAAAGGUCAGUUUUUUUAAAAUUGUACUUGGAAGUGGUCCCCAAAGUUUAAAAAAAAAAAAUAUUUGCAGGGCCCCAUGUUUAAAAUAAAUUUUGCUUAAAUUUUCAUGAAAACUACUUUCAUUUAAUUACUCACCCAACUUUAUAACAUGAAAGCUUAAGGCUUUUGCCCUUACCUAUUGUUAAACUGGUCAUGCUUUAAUCUCAGGUCAUAGAGCAGUAUGGGGGCCAGGUGGAGUCUUCCUACUGUAACCGAGUGACUCAUGUUUUGUGCUCUAACCAGAAGUCUGAGGUUUUUAAAAUGGUAGGUUUACUCAUUGCCCUGUAGUUAUUUUGUUUUCAAAACUAUUCAGUGUACAUAGAAUUGCUUUUAAAUAUUUUUUUAUUGAUAUCCAGAUUUUGAAUUGAGCUGUAGGUAAAACCGAAUAGUUAAGUUAUAUUUACACAAAGCCUUGAAAACCCAUACUACAACCCCUCCCCCACCUCUUGAAAAAAAAAAACCCAUCUCUGACAAUAAUUAUUCUUUUAAGUUAUGCCGACUCUGGUGACAACAGUUCAAUGUAAACUAUUUCUACACUAAAUAGAAAUACCUGGACGGAAAUCUGUUUUACCAUGUUAAAUAAAACCUCAAUUGUUGUGGUACUAGUAAGUAAUUUUAAUAUUUUCUGAUCUAAAUAAUGACAGUGGAUGCUCGUGGAUGAAAACUUAGCACCGAUGGAAAUAAAAUAGUCUUGUUUUGUUUUUUUGUGUGUGCUAAAUUAUAAAUUGUAUUCCCAAGGCAUUGAAAGAGGGAAAGCGUGUUGUUACAGCAUUUUGGUUGAACGACUGUCUGAUGAAUAAGAAAAUGGUUCCACCCUGGGAAGCCCUUCAUCUUCCACUGUCAUUUCAUUCAGAGAAACCAGGUUUUAAUCAGGUAAGUUAGUCAUAUGUGUUUCAGACUUAAAAACACACAUUUAAAAAAAAAAAAAUUGCGUUUAAUUUUUUUUAGGACAUUUUUAAAAAAGAAUAAAGAUCAAGAUAUUUAGGUUGGGAAUGUAGUACUUUGGCGACAUGGUCUUUAUGAAGUAAUACCAUUUUUUGGUCAUAUUUUCUUAUUAAUCAGGAUACCUUGUUUACAUAUAUAUAUAAUUUUGUAUUUUUGUUGAAACCAACAAACUGUUUGCUCACACUAUUAACAAAAAUGAUAUUUCAUAGUAUUGUAUCAUGCAACAUUAGAAAACUGUUUCAUAUAACAUUAGAAAACUAUUUCAUGUAACAUUAGAAAACUAUUUCAUGUAACAUUAGAAAACUAUUUCAUGCAACAUUAGAAAACUGUUUCAUAUAACAUUAGAAAACUAUUUCAUGUAACAUUAGAAAAACAAUUGAUGUAACAGAAAACUAUUUCAUGUAACAUUAGAAAACUGUUUCAUAUAACAUUAGAAAACUAUUUCAUGCAACAUUAGAAAACUGUUUCAUAUAACAUUAGAAAACUAUUUCAUGUAACAUUAGAAAACUAUUUCAUGUAACAUUAGAAAAACAUUUGAUGUAACAGAAAACUAUUUCAUGUAACAUUAGAAAACUAUUUCAUGUAACAUUAGAAAACUAUUUCAUGUAAUAUUAGAAAACUAUUUCAUGUAACAUUAGAAAACUAUUUCAUGUAACAUUAGAAAACUUUUUCAUGUAACGUUAGAAAACUAUUUCAUGUUACAUAAAAAAAUGAAGCUCAAGGGUUGGAGGCGGAAGUAAUUUUAAUUAAAUAAUUCUUGUAAUCCAAUCUUUUAUUCCUGCAUCGUUUUUUUUAAAUUUAUUGUUUCAGAUGCUGUGUGUUUUUCUCUUUUGUUUCAGAUGAUCAGUGUGACCAACUUUGAUGGAGAAGAACGUUUAAGGUUAAAACAGAUGAUCAACGCCAUUGGUGCCAAGUACACAGGAUACAUGACGCAUCACAACUCUGCACUCAUUUGUAAAAAGUAAAUAUCUGAAGUGACUCAUAAAGUAUGAGGAAAUCUAGUGUGUUUUUAAUACAAGAAAUGAUUGGUCAUCAACCCUCUCAAGCAUAAGGAUUUUUUUAUUCUAUUUUUUUAAAUUUUAAUUAUUAUUUAAAAAUAAAAUCGUAUGGCUCAGCUAAAUAGGGAAGUAAACAUCUUUCAUUUUCGUGCGUCAGUAACAGCACUUAAUGUGUCUCAAUCUUAAAUUGGCUAGCAAGUCAAGUAGGAUCUGAUAUCGUCUGGUUGAGAGAAGAGGAUAUCAGCGGGAGUGGCUGGCACCGCAACAACUCAUAAAAAAUACUUAGCCAUAAAUAAACCGAAUGGAAGUCAUUUUCCAUAGAGAAAUUAACAACUUGGAUUUCUAUUGAUUUUUGUUUUUUUCUUUUUCAUAUCCAAUUUAUUUGUAUAAGAAUCAUUAGGAAAUAAGUUUUAAUUUAAAAACUAGAAUUUUUUACAUUUUGAAAAUGCUCCACAUGAGAUCAACUUGAAACUCUUGGUUAAUAAGACACAAAAAAAUUGUGUCAAUAUAAAAAUAUAAGUUACGCUUUAAUAAUAAUUAUACAUAAGUAAACGUUUCGGCACAUGCCUUCAUCAUUACAAAAAAAACAACACAUUUAAAUAAGUAUAAAUUAAAUUUACAUAGUAUAAAUUUACAUAUCCUACCUAAAAAAGAAAAAAAAUUAGGAGAGGGCGCUAAAACCAGACAAAAACAAAGUAAAGAGGAGUAGAAAGGAAGUGAUUUGAACAUAAUUGUAAAAACCAAACAGGAAAAAGACAUGGCAGCUAAGUAAAAUUGUGGAUUUGGUUCAUUCCAUAUGGAGACAACGUACCAAAUCUUGUUAUUAAUUUGUUCUCCAUAUAGAUUCUAUCUGUAGUGUUACUAGUAUAGAGUAUACCAGUAACUGCGAUGUCUGAGAUACCAUCAUGGUUAGGGCUAUUGAAAUGUUUGGAAACCGGACAGAGAGCUUGUUUAUUUAUGUUAUAGAGGUGUUCUCUGAACCGGUCCUCAAGGCGACGACCUGUCUCUCCUAUGUAUAUUUUACUGCACUUUUUGCAAAUGAUGGUGUAAACAGUGCGACUUGUGCAGAUAAAGCCAUCUUUUAUUCUGAAUACUUCCAGAGGGAAAGUGAUCUUAUCAGUUUCGAUCAUGUAGGGACAUGAGUUACAACGGCUAUGGUUGCAACUUUUUGUGCCCUUAUGUGCUUUAAUAGCAGGGAGGUGGCUUCUAACUAGCAUGUCCCUAAGGCUCUUGUCCCUCCGGAAAGCAAAAAGAGGAGGUUUUCUGAAAAUCUCAUUUGUGACAGGGUCUGCCAUCAGAUUUGAGCGGUUUUUCAGAACCAGAAAACAAGCUUUUAGGUUAUGGGGAUGAAAAGUU